CGGGGCUUGGGCAGUUGUUACCAGAGAACAUAGAUAACAGCCCUGAGAUGAUCUGAAAUCACUGGGAGCCAGGUCAGUUUGGCUCCUCUGUGGCCUCAUACUUCCUCUUCUUGAGAUGGAUGUAUGGGGUAAACAUGGUUCUCUUCAUCCUGACGUUCAGCCUCAUCAUGUUGCCAGAGUACCUCUGGGGUUUGCCAUAUGGCAGUUUACCUAGGAAGACAGUUCCCAGAGCUGAAGAGGCAUCCGCGGCUAACUUUGGUGUGUUGUACGACUUCAACGGCUUGGCGCAAUACUCCAUCCUCUUUUAUGGAUAUUAUGACAAUAAACGAACAAUUGGAUGGAUGAAUUUCAGGCUGCCACUCUCCUAUUUUCUGGUGGGGAUCAUGUCCAUUGGCUACAGCUUUCUGGUUGUCCUUAAAGCGAUGACUAAAAAUAUUGGGGAUGAUGGGGGCGGUGAAGACAACACGUUCAACUUCAGCUGGAAGGUGUUCACGAGCUGGGACUACCUGAUCGGCAAUCCGGAAACCGCAGACAACAAAUUCAAUUCUAUCACCAUGAACUUCAAGGAAGCAAUCAUAGAGGAAAGAGCAGCCCAAGUAGAAGAAAACGUCCACUUGAUCAGAUUCCUGAGGUUUCUCGCUAACUUCUUCGUGUUUCUAACACUUGGCGGGAGUGGAUACCUCAUCUUUUGGGCUGUGAAGCGAUCCCAGGAAUUUGCACAGCAAGAUCCAGACACCCUUGGGUGGUGGGAAAAGAAUGAAAUGAACAUGGUCAUGUCCCUCCUGGGGAUGUUCUGUCCAACACUGUUUGACUUAUUUGCUGAAUUGGAAGACUACCAUCCCCUCAUCGCUCUGAAAUGGCUACUGGGACGCAUUUUUGCUCUACUUUUAGGCAACUUGUAUGUAUUUAUUCUGGCCUUGAUGGAUGAGAUUAACAACAAGAUUGAAGAGGAGAAGCUGGUAAAGGCCAAUAUUACCCUCUGGGAAACCAACAUGAUCAAGGCCUACAAUGCCUCCCUCACCGGAAAUAGCACUGGGCCACCUUUUUUUGUGCACCCCGCAGAUGUACCUCGAGGACCCUGCUGGGAAACAAUGGUGGGGCAGGAAUUUGUGCGGCUGACCGUUUCUGAUGUUCUGACCACUUACGUCACGAUCCUCAUUGGGGACUUUCUCCGGGCAUGUUUUGUGAGGUUUUGCAAUUAUUGCUGGUGCUGGGAUUUGGAAUAUGGAUAUCCUUCCUACACUGAAUUUGACAUCAGCGGCAAUGUCCUCGCUCUGAUCUUCAACCAAGGCAUGAUCUGGAUGGGCUCCUUCUUCGCCCCUAGCCUCCCAGGCAUCAAUAUCCUUCGACUCCACACAUCCAUGUACUUCCAGUGCUGGGCCGUGAUGUGUUGCAACGUCCCUGAGGCCAGGGUCUUCAAAGCUUCCAGAUCGAAUAACUUCUACCUGGGCAUGCUACUGCUCAUCCUCUUCCUGUCCACCAUGCCCGUCCUGUACAUGAUCGUGUCGCUGCCGCCAUCUUUUGACUGUGGCCCCUUCAGCGGCAAAAAUAGAAUGUUCGAAGUCAUUGGAGAAACACUGGAGCAUGAUUUCCCAAGCUGGAUGGCGAAGAUCUUGAGGCAGCUUUCUAAUCCUGGAUUGGUCCUCGCUAUCAUUUUGGUUAUGGUCUUGACCAUCUAUUACCUCAAUGCUACUGCAAAGGGCCAGAAGGCAGCAAAUCUGGAUCUAAAAAAGAAGAUGAAACAGCAAGCUUUGGAGAACAAAUUGCGCAACAAGAAAAUGGCAGCUGCCCGAGCAGGUUGGAGGAAUGUUGAUGAUUGCAAUUUUCCCCCUACAGAAAAAUGCUCUUCCCUUCCCCCCCCCUCUCUAAAUGGGGGGUUUGAUGCAUGUGGUGUUACAGCCCUGCGGCUGCUGGUGGCCAGUAACUUUCAUAGACACGCUGGGACCCAGAAGUACUCCUCACCUUGCUGUUUAAAACCAAUGACUCAUGUAAAAGUCAAGAUGACAAGCAUCGUGAAGUUGCUGUUCCCUUGUUCCAACCCUCAUGGAUUGUCAAGGUCAUGCUGGUCAGUCAAGGCCUUGUCAGUCCUAGUUCAGCAGGGACAAUCUCCACCUUGUUCCAAAUGAAGGGAUUUGCUCCUGCACCCGCACUUUCUCCCCUGGUUUCCCUGACAUCACUUCCAGCAAACUGAGUUUAAGAGUGAAUGUGAUUCAGCAAAACAGGUUUCUGGUUUACCAUUUGGGUUAAUUAAAAAUACUUCAUUCAUAUGGACUUCCGUGUUAUAGACUCCUUCUGCCUUAGUAUUCUUUGCCUUGGAACAGAGAUAUGUCACCCUUUUUUUUCCUUCAGAGUUCAGAAAUAUUUUUAUAAAGUAUUCAUUAUAAUUAUUCACUAACUCACAGUUUAAAACCAACAUCUUGUUUUCCAUUUUUUUUUUUUUCCUAUCUCUCCCUCCAGGGCUCCCACAACUGUACACUCAAGACUCUUUAUUUGCUGGUGGGUUCAGUAUGAAAAGGAAUGGGCUUUUUAAAAGAAAAACACUAAGGGAAAUAGAGGUCUAAGUAGCACAGGGUUGACGUUCUCUCAGCUUGAGGAAGUACAUGGUUCGUAGACAACCUACCUCUUUGUGAGUUUUGUUUUGUUUUUUUUUAAGACAGUUGUACACGAUUGCAACUUCUUCACAGCCUGAUCGUGACCUCCUCCAAUGAUCACAUUGCCUGAGUUUAGAUUCUAAUAUUCCACGAUGUGUCUUUGCUUUUUUGUUAAGGUUGGGAAAACGUAUACUUUUAUGGGGUGGGGGGGCUCAGUUUAUGGAUGUGUUUAAGCGUUAGUAUUUGUUCAAAGUUUGAAUUGACUUUGAAGAGCGGCCAUCAGUGCCCUCAGCCAGGCUUGUUGUGUGACUUCAGUUACAUCCACCCACAGCGUCCUUUUCCAGAGCUAAGCCAAUUUGCCUGCCAUUUCCUGCAGUUGACUUGCUGGGUUUUGUUUCCAUGUUUUUGAGUUUUUCCUUCUUCACUCUUGAUCUGGCUGUGAAAUGAUCUCCUGUUCCUCUGCCAAUCCAUUUGCUCAUCACUUGCCAUGAUACAAAUUCAAGAGGUACUUCCUUUGGUCCAGUUUUCCAGAUUGGCCUCCAUUCCCAAAUCUCUCUCUCCUCAGUAGGUUUCCUUGGGCCCUCAUGUCUUUAAUUCAGAGUCUAUGAUUUAUACAGACUUUCCUGUGAUUUUUAACAGUUCUUAUUGUUUCCUGUAAUGCAUGGAUCAUCUUUCCUCUCCAGAUUGGAAGCUCCCUAUGAGCAGGGAUCAUGCCUUUUACCUCCUUUGUAUGCCUAGUAAGUAUCGUGCUGUAUUCACAGGUAGGCACCGAGUAUUGUUAAAAUUGUUAAUUAAAUUGAAUCAAUUUAACUUACAGCAGCUGCACUGUGAAACAAGAACUUCUGUUACGUGCAUGAAAAAUGUUACUCUGAUGUCAGAAAUGGAAUCGCCUGUUGCCCUGCAGGUUUAUCAUCUCAUUUGAUUCUAAUGCAGAUGAGUAAA